GGAAGUGUUCACUCCACAGAGUGGGCUGGGUGGGAGAGUGUUCCAGCGUUAGCAGUGAGUGGAGCGACUCUGGCAGCCGUGGCGGCCGCCUCUCACCCUCCCACGUCCCGCUUCCAGUAACCGGCACAGCACUGCUGAUGCACCCAGCCGCCAUCACUCCCCGUUCCCUCACACCUCCGCCGAGAGCUCGUAUCCUCCCCGGGGCUUCCAUGUCAACGUUACCCCGCGUCUGAAAUAAGCGGCACACUCUGGACUUGUUCACGAACCACCGGGUAGUACUUUUCUCCUCCGUGUCUGAAUGACGGGCGGACGGUUCGACUUUGACGAUGGUGGCACGUACUGUGGAGGCUGGGAGGACGGCAAAGCCCACGGCCACGGAGUGUGCACCGGACCCAAGGGCCAGGGCGAGUACUCAGGCUCGUGGUCCAACGGUUUCGAGGUGGUCGGUGUCUACACCUGGCCAAGCGGGAACUUGUACCAGGGCUACUGGGCACAAGGGAAACGCCACGGACUCGGUGUAGAAACCAAGGGGCGGUGGAUUUACCGGGGAGAGUGGACUCACGGAUUCAAGGGCCGGUACGGAGUCCGACACAGCCAGAACACACCGGCCAGGUACGAGGGCACCUGGUGUAACGGACUGCAGGACGGAUACGGCGUGGAGACGUACGGUGAUGGAGGUACGUACCAGGGUCAGUGGACUGGUGGGAUGCGUCAUGGCUACGGCGUACGUCAAAGUGUUCCAUAUGGUAUGGCUUCUGUUAUACGUUCACCACUACGAACCUCACUGGCUUCCCUCCGCAGUGAGCAGAGUAACGGUACGGUACUACGUGACAGCAUGUCUGACAGCCCUGCUGGCACACGUGGCGGCUUCGUACUCAACUUCCACUCAGAUGGAGAAUGUUCAGAUAAGAAGAAGGGUCUUUUUCGCCGUGGCUCCCUCUUUGGUAGCCUUCAGCGACUGCGUAAAUCAGACUCACGCUCAUCCAUUUCCAGUAAACGUAGCUCAGCUCAAAGUGACACCACAAUGAGCCGCAUUAGUUCAAGUGACGCCAAUUCCACAAUCAGCUUUGGAGACGGAGACCCAGGCGAUGACUACCUGCCUCUGGAGGACAAUGUGGAUGCCACCACCACUGAGUCCUACAUGGGUGAGUGGAAGAAUGACAAGCGCAGUGGCUUUGGUGUCUCAGAGCGCUCCAACGGCAUGAAGUACGAAGGCGAGUGGUUAAACAAUAAGCGCCAUGGCUAUGGCUGCACCAUCUUCCCUGAUGGCACAAAGGAAGAAGGGAAGUACAAGAACAACGUGCUGGCCCGGGGCAUCAGGAAACAACUGAUCCCACUGAAGAACACCAAGACCAAACAGAAGGUGGAUCGAGCCAUCGAGGGAGCAGUGAGAGCAGCAGCUAUUGCCAGAACCAAGGUGGAGAUUGCCAUCUCCAGGACAUCCCAUGCCCGAGCCAAAGCGGAUGCUGCAGACCAGGCAGCACAGUCAGCCAGUCAGGAUUCAGAUAUUGCCAGAGCUGUGGCUAGAGAGCUCUCCCCAUCCUUCCAUCAGCCAGGCCCUGACUACAUACGGCAGAAGUAUAAUGAACCAGUAGAGGUGAAGGAGGUUCCUGAGGAGAAAAAGGAGAAAUCUCCAUCUGGAAGCCCUCAUUUCUACCGGAAAGGCACAACACCCAACCAGUCUCCAUCUCAGAGCCCAAGUGCAAGCCCCACUCCUUCACCUGGUCCUGUUAAAAAGACCUUUUUCAGCAGUAAAACUCCCACUGCCAUCACUCCUGCUGGGAAAGAGAACAAAACCCCAACAGCUGAGUGUUUGACAGCAGGCAUAACAAAGGCAGCAUCAAAACUUUCUCUCAAACAGGAAGUGAGGCAACAAGAGGCUCCUCAAGCAGUCAAACCAGCUAUUACCACGACAGUCACCAGUUACCCCAGCAAUGGGCAGAUUCACUCCCAGUACCACGGUUACUAUGUCAAGGCAGACGUCACGAUUCCACCACCUGAAGACCCAAUAGGUCUGGAGGAUGACUUUCACCCAUCAAGCCUUGCACGCUUACCGCCACCUGCCAAACAGAUUCAGGUACCAGCACUAAAAUACCUGCCAGCCCCUAGCCCUUCACCAGUUCCACCAAAAGAGGGCACAAAAACGCCGGAGCCUCCAAAGCCAAAAAGAGUGGAAUCAACCAAACCAAAGAGCCUUGCAGAAACCAAGAAAGCUAGUGUGGAAAUAGCUCCUGAAAUUAUAGAGGAGGAGUCGGGCCCUAACUCUAUCUUGGUGGCUCUCGUCAUGCUGUUGAACGUAGGUCUAGCAAUCAUUUUUGUCCAUUUCCUCACCUGACCAAAUCUGAACUCAGUGGACUCAUCCAAAGUAAUCACCCAAGUGGCUAACUCUCUAUCAGCCAAAGGGGCCUUUUUAAAAAUGGCGCCAGUCAGAACGGCAAACACAAAACGGAGGACUGAAAAUAGACGACUGGAGGAGGAGGAGAAGAAGUAGAGGGGAAGAAGAACACACGGGGGGGGCAGAGAGAGAGAAAGAAAGAUGAAACCUCCACCAUAACUCCCGACCCUUGGUGUCUGAGUCCAACCUGAUUGGACUGGCGAUGAUUUGUGACUCCACUCAGAGUGCAGUGACAGCUGAAGCAAGCAGUCGUUGGUUGGAAAGGGGCCCCCGAGCCCCUCUAUCAGGGUUAGAAAUAACAGCAGGCCUGGAGAGUAAAGUGAGUGACCUGGCAUCUAUACUGCCUAUAAAUGCCUGUAAUGUGUGUUCUUCUGUGUCUGUAGUUCCAUUUAGACUCCAUUUCAUCCAACUGUUCAGCAAAUUUGGAGGUUUUGAAAUGCUGCAAUAAAAAGCUUGUGCGUCGUCCAGCUGACUUGAAGAGAAUUUGUUUCCCAAAUGAUCCACCAGAGAACCUGCCAUUACAAUGAUGAUUAUUAUUAAGAAAGUAACUAUUGCUUUGAGUCCACCAGAUAUUGUUCAUAUGCCAUGCUGUCAUGAAAUGUACUUACAAUAAAAUAAAAUAGAAUAUACAAAUACAUAUUUGCAGGUUGUGGUAAUCAGAUCUGUUCCAUAAAACAUUUCUGAAAGCCUCUUUAGAACUGUAGUGCACUUUAAUUGAACUGUUCAGCAGGCCUUCAUGGAUAAUCAGUCAAUGCCUUUCCUGCUGCCACCCCCUGCAUAACGUGUUGAUUAAGAAACUAUUUUUUUACACGUAUGUGUCUGCUUCUGCUGUUUGUGUUUCUGUACGUGUGUGUACGUGUGUGGGUGGGUGGUGGACUGGAUAUGUUCGGAGAUGCACUUUGAGGUGAUGGAAGCCAACAGCUGCCUUACCAUUUUACAGAGUGACGUGGUGGUGGGUGUGAAGGGCCCAGGCAGGAAUGUGAAACACUUGGCUGAUUCUCCCUUUGCCAUGUCCUGGGAGAGCAGCUCUAUUUAUACCAGUCUGUCUAUCAAACUGUUCAUAUGUGUUUCCGUGGGCCUCAGCGCCUGCCGUUUUAUAUCAGGUGCACGUUAGACAAUCAGAGGGGUUUAUUCCAAAAUUGAAAGAUAAAGUUAAAUUUGGAAAACUUCAUCUCAUUUUAAACUGCUAUUAUUCCACAGUGCAUUUCCUCUUUGUAGUCUAUUAAAUAAGAGCAGGUGUCAUUUUGUUUUUGAUGUAAUCACUGCAUCACUGUAUCUGCCUUCACUAAUACUACCAGUCUGUUUCAUUGAUAGAGGAAACAUUCAGAUACACUCCCUGAUUUUUAGGAAGUGCAAAUUAUCCCAACUGUCUGAUAUUUGAUUGUUAUUGUGUGUACUCCACUACUGCUCUACUAGUAUUACAUUGUCAUGAUUUCCUAUGUGCAGUUUAUUGCACUAGUAGGUGUAAACUGGAUUGCAACUGUAAGCAGCUAGCUGUUAAUAUCUUGUACCUACUGAGAUGUACCUUUACUGGCAUGUUAUAGCAAGCUAGGUUUAAAGAGUAGCUUGCAGUUUAGGUGCUCCAACAGGAAAAUCCUCCUAAAACCUCUACUCUGAGUCCAACAGUACAUUGGAAGGAAAUGUUUCAAAUUGGAGCUAUAAAGUAAAAUCACGGAGUGUACUUUAACAUCAGAAUUCUUAGAAAUGCUGUUUACAUAUGAGUUCAGUCAGUGACCGUGCAGUGUAAUGUGCUUCUGUAUGCUCAAAAGUAUUAAAUGAACAAAACUAAAUUUAUAACUGGAUGAAUCAAAACUGAAAUUUGUAAAAUUAUUGUUAUACAUCUGGAUCUACCAGGUCUGAUAUGGUUCACAUCUCAGUCAGUUCCGUGGCAUUGGUCAACUAAAUGCACACUACCAAAAUUCAAAUCUGUAGUGUGCUUUGGCCCAGAUCAGGACGGGAUGAUGCUCGGUACAGAACGCUCUCCUGUCAGAGUACAUAAAAACAUGUCAACUCUGCUUCAUUCUUUGUGAUCAACGCAGAAGGUAGAAAUCCAGAUGUCAUGCAAUUGGCAUGGACAGCUGUUUUGAUUAUGAUAACUUUAGGUCUCUGUCCUUUUCCACACCAAAGCUGAGAACAUAAUGCAAAUACAAAGUACCAUAAUGACCAUCUAAUGAAUAUACUGUCUGUGAGAUGUACCGGUAAAAGUCAUCAUGAUACAUGGACAACACAGUACUUGCUGAUAUUAUAUUUGGUCUAAACUAUAUUUUAUAUUCUAUACUAUAUUUUUUGGAAUAUGCAACACACUAAGGUACAACUAUGUAAUUGCACUGACAAUUUCAGUCCAAGAAAACUCUUGUAUUUUCUCUCUUUUGCUUGAGCCUGAUGUUUGCAUCCACUUCUGCUGAAGGGCUAAUGUUAACUUUUUGGUUUGAAUGAUUUAUGGCCAUUCUGGGGAAAAUGAAAGUUUUCUUGUUGCCCCAUAUUAAUUUGUAUAUUUUUGUAUUUUGCUGUGUAUUUGCUAAUCUAGUAAGUACUCCUCUGUUAAGGAAAUACUAUUUAUUGAUGUAGAGUUGAUGAUGAUGAUUUCUCUCAUGUUGUCAUGAGUCUUUGGAAGAAUGAACUGAAAUUGUUUUUGCCUUUAUAGCCAAAAAUCAGAGCUAUGAUGCAAAACAUGCAGUAUAUUAUUUAUUUAUUUUGAUGUGAAAACAAAUUUAUUUGCUGAUUAAGAUGAAUAAUGAUUGGCAUUAUUAGUCAAUGAUUAACAGUCUGUGUCUAUGAUUUGAUGCAUUAUUAACAGUGGAUUUUGUCUGAUAGACAUUUAAAUAGUGUAACGUGGCAUGAUAUCUGUUCUGUGUAACAUGGCCUCAUGAUUCAUCUUCAAUAAUCUGUGUCACACCAACAAGCUGAAAUUUCUACAUGUGAUGGUUGAUGCACUUCAUUUUAUGGUUUUGUAAUUUACCAGUCAUUUUCAUGAGGUUCUAAUUUUUCUAGGAAAUAAUUAGAAAAUUACAGACAUGGCUGUCACAACUGCAUUACUGUGAUAAAGACCACUCUGUAGGAGCAGAAUGUUUUCAACAGAUGGUUCAUUUUGUUAAGUUCAUUGAUUUUUUUCUGCUGGUGUAUGAAAGGUGGUUUCAAAAUUAAGUAUUUUCUGUUUGAAAUCAGCCACUACUAACAUGCAUGAUGCCACGUUGUAUUUUUCUGUAUUUGGAUGAAAGGUAAAGUUUUAGAUAGAGAACAUAGAAAUAUUUGAACUCUUAAUUAAGUUUACGUUAGGAGAAGAAAAAGCAUUGUCUUAAAUAUGUUUUUACCCUGAUUGCUGAGAUUAGAAUAACUAAUUUUUCUUAUAAUAUGAUUGUGGUGCCUUGAUUAGCAUGCAGAUAUUGGCUCGCUUUGUUUUGUUGGUUUGGAUGUCGGAGUAAAACUUUGUAUAAAGUGUGUGUGAGUGUGUGUUCAGUCACAUUAGUUGUGAGUACCUGCUGAAUGUCUGGAAUGGAUUACAGAAGUCAAAGCAAACGUCAGUGUGGAACUUUUCUUACAUUGAAACUUCAGUCUCAGUAAGGCUGCUGUAUGGUGCUUCCAGUGCAUUUUUAGAUUCAGAACUUAAUGAAAGUUCCAUUCCCAUUUGUCUGUAGACUCCCAUUGAAACUCCAUCAGAAACACCACUGACAUGCGUCUUCUUCAUUCCAUCACUGGGAAUUUAGUGCUGUCCACGAUCUGCAGGGAAACAGCUUUGUCUGUCAUCUUGGACAAUAACACAUAGCAUGUGAACAGCAGCUGAGCUUCAUAGUUUUUCUACACCAUCAGGAAAAAGGAGCAACAUAGUUAGCAGUUAACAGAAAAUCCAUCCAUCCAGACUUUUUCUUAGAGUGAAAUAACAUAGAUAAAAAAUUAAAUUGAAUCUUAAGAGUCCAAUGUGUCACCAAAGGCCCUGCAGAGAAACAGGAAGCAGGUUUUGAAAGUGAUUCAGUAAACCUUUAACUGUGACUCCAUCUCAAAUAUUUUAACACUAGACUCAACAUCAGUUAGCUUAAUCACUUCUCUGGCAUCAUUCCAGAAUUCAUAGAACUAUGGUCACAUAUGUAACUAUUAUUUGAAAGAAGCAUUUUUGAUUACGUAAAAGGAGGUGUGUCCAAGUUUAAACAGGCUGUUGAAUUGUUCUUUAGGGCCCUCUAGCUAUACAUUUUACACAAGGUCUUAAAUAUCAUGUGCACCUGACACAUAAUACCCAGAUACGUUUAAUGGAACUCUGCUUUUAUGGAAAACUUCAGAUGUUAUAAUUCUAAGUGAGAUUUAUUUUUCCCAGUUCGAGGGUCUAAGACUUCUGACAGCUUUUCAUGAAGCUGGUUUCCACGUUGCAGUAACUUAUUAUCAAGUGACCUUUCAAAGAAUGUAUGUAAUUAAAGCCAUUCAGUGGGAAAUAAGCUUAUAGAUCAAACUAAUCACAUGUGUAUUUAUUUAUUUAUUUAUUUUGUUUUGUGCUGUUUCUUUUGAAGGGUUUACACUAUAUAGAAGUUUUGAGAUGUGCUGCAGACUUGAAAAAUGAGGCAGAGUUGGGUUGAUGAUUAGUUGGCACUGUGGUGGAACUCAUAUUGUACGUACAGUAGGGGAAGCUUCAGAUGGACUGUUGUGACUGUAUUUGAUGCUAGACAUGAAUGGUGCUGUACUAUUGUGCUUACAGGUAUUUUAAGACUGUAGGUGAAACCAGCCAACGUUAUGGCAUAAAGCACAUAGUUCACAUACAGAAGGAUGAACUUCUGAUCUGACGACUGCAUUAGACCCACUCUCCAGUAAAUGAGAAAUUGAUGUGAAAUUUAACAAGCAGAUUUGUAUCAUUGACCAAUAGCAUGCAGUCUUGACAGAGCUGAAGUCUGAGGGAAGGGAGAGACAGAGAGAGUUCAUUUCUGUGUAUACAGACAGACAUAUAUAUACAUACUGUGUAUAUAUAGAUAUACAUAUAUAUAGCUACCAUAUGUAGAAGGCCUAUGGUGGGUGCAAACACGUGUUCCUCAUAAAAAAUAGCUUUGCUGGAGUGUGGGUGUUUUAACAUCAUGCUUUACUCAUGUCUGAUCUUAGAGAGGAAACAAGGUUGUUAUAGAAAGAGGUCAUUUGAGUAGGAAAGAGAAAGAAGUGAUUGAAACUGUACUGGUCUGAUGUGUCUGAUGAAAUGUUUGAGGAAAACAGGAAAGAGAAGAGAAGUGAGCCUUGGACUUUAUCAGGAAUGUUUUUUUUGGGGCUAAAUUACAAUAAGUAGCAAAUGAGUGAGAGCAGAUAGUGUGGAGCCGAACUGUAGAGUGUCUGCUGAAGGAAGGAUUUUGUGACAGAUCAAAGUGGAACCUUUUUAUGGAUGUGCAUUGAAUGAGCUCCAACAUUGUUCUUGUUGACAUAUUUGUACAGUUUAUUUGUGGCUCAUUUUACUGAAUGUGCCAUCAGUGUUUUAACAGGAUGAUCUAUCAUGACUGAUAUCUGAAAUAAAAAAUUAUAUUUUUCCCUCUGUAUAGGAUGUCUGUGUAUGCUUGUUAAGGCAUUGUGAGAGCUUUUCUGAAACUUCAUGACUGUAUUUUGAAUAUUUGGCUUAAUUGCUAGAUGAAUAAGUCAUCCUGACCUUUGCUGAUGACAGUGCACAUACUGUUAUAUAUUAUAUUACAUUACAGCGUUGGGUUUUCUGUUUGUUUUUUGGCUGUUGUUUCUAUGGAGAGAAAUUAAAAAGUGGUUUACAUUAUA